AAAAAACGUUGUGGACCGAAUAAUUCGGACCCAUGGGCAUGUUGCUCUUCGCACACCUCCAUACAUGUGCGAAUUAAAUCCGAUCGAAUUGAUUUGGGCGCAACUAAAAAAUUAUAUUCGAUCUCACAAUACAACGGGUGAUUUGGCAAUGAAAAAUUUGGCACAGUUAGUCCAGGACGGAAUUGAGUCUAUAACUCCUUUACACUGGGCAAACUGUUGCAAACAUGUCAUGGAGAUUGAAAAUAAAUUCUGGGAGACUGAUCAAAUAAUGGAGGAAGUCGAACAACUUAUUAUUACGAAUGCUGAUGGUAACGAUGAUAGUGAUGAUGAUUCUUCUGACAGCGAUGAAGAAAGCGACAAAGAAAAUUAUAUACAAGCCUUAGAAAACGUCGACCAAGAACCGGGUUAAAACCUAUUGCUAGUACAUAUGGGAUGUGUGGCGGACAGAGUUAAUCUUUAUUAAUCUGGCACACACAUGUCAGGGUUCUAGAUUGACUUGGCAAAACUAGAAAACUAGUCAAGAGUGACAAAAAUAAGACAGCUAAUUUUUACUUUAAAAAAUAAAAUCCAUCCUUAAUUCGGAUAGAAAUUCAAAUUUAAAUUUAUCAGCAAAAAUUAUUAAUCCGAAACCAAAUUUCUUGAACUUCUUGUAUAACCUUAUUAUAAGUUUCAUAUUAUUUUUACUUAAUCAUUGUGUAAAUUAUUAGUUCAUUUUUAACUGUUUUACAUGAAUUUAUCAUAUUUAUUCUAAUUAAAAAAAUAAUAUUAUUAAAUUAAAAAUAAAAUCGCCCGUCACUGAGGCAGCCGAAUUUCUUACACAAUUCGCCUCUGCCCCCUCAGCCGUUGUUACGGUUCUCUCGGUUGUAGGACUGUAACUCGAUUUUAUUCAAAGAUCAGCAGGUCUUUGAGAAGUUUCAGACUGCUAUAUUUUGUUGUAAAGUGUAAAUAAAGGUGAAGCUGCUAAAAUGCGAACUUCUGAAUGGGCUAAAAGUUACCGGGCCGGCCAGGAACUCUGUCCCUGCUUUGGUUUGCGCUGACGUUCGUUAAUGAAAUUAUUAGGUUAUUUACAGUUUCUUUUCAGCGAUUCCCAUAACUCCUAUUUAUG